CUUGCAGAAAAGGUAAUGCAGAACAAAAGGAGAGAAACCAGUGGUCAGGAUGUUCAAGAUAAACGGGAAGAGAAGCAUCGAGGAAAACCCAGAGUUAAUUGCGUCAGUCGACAAACCGGAGCGUGAUGCCGGUUAUAGAGGAAGGACAGUGAUAAGGAAGAGAGACCACGUCUCAGGCCUCAGGUGAUUGUGAGCAAGUUUGUAAAUUACCAAACCGCUGCAGUCCAAAACAAGCGCAAGCAAUUCAUCCCGGUGGUGAAGAAAGCAGAAACCAUGGAUACCAGUCAGUGUGAUUCAGAAGUAACAUGGAGGAGAUCAGCAAGUAUAUCUGCAAGUACAAAAACUACAACUUUCCCACUGGCAACACAACUGCUGAGUACAUUGACUCACUGCAGAGCUUUGAGAUACGAGACAGCGACAUAUUCCUCGUCACUUAUCCAAAGUCAGGCACUAUAUGGACUCAGAACAUCAUCAUUUCCAUCUGUGAGUUAGGCGGGGGUCUCAAUGAAUAUCCAAACAACUUGGAGCAGAUGCCGUGGCUGGAGUAUAGAGAGGGUCGAGACGACUAUGCUCUGAGAGCCUCUCCACGGCUCUUUGCCUCUCACCUCACCCCGGCUCUCAUGCCUCCAGGACUGAAGGACAAGAAGGCAAAGAUCGUCUACGUGAUGCGGAAUCCAAAGGACAACGCCGUCUCCUAUUACCACUUCAGCAUGGUCUGCGGUGACGUAGAGACCCCCUCGAGCUUCGAGGUCUUUUUACAGCAGUAUUUGACGGGCAACGUGGCAGGGUCGUCCUGGUUUGACCACAUCAGGGAGUGGCGUUUAAAGAAAGACCAGUACAACAUCCUCUUCCUGACCUAUGAGGACAUGAUUUUGGAUCUGAAGGGAGCAGUGACUAAGAUCUGCAGGUUCUUGGGGAAAAACCUCAGCGAAGCAGCCAUCGACCAAGUCGUGGAAAAAGCCACGUUUAAGACCAUGAAGAAAGACUCAAAAGCCAACUAUGAGUUUCUGCCACCGGAGAAGGUCAGCGGAAACUUCAUGCGCAAAGGUCAGAUCGGUGACUGGAAAAAUCUCUUAACUGACGCUCAGAGUGAGAGAGUUGAUCAGCUGCUUCAGGAGAAACUCGGAGAUCUGUCUCUGAAGUUCAUCUGGGAGUAAUCUGGGAGUAAGGCCACAGCAGCUUUGACGUGAUUGUUUUUAGUCCUAGAAAAGUAAAAUCCCAAAUCACAUCAACUCUGUUUCAUAAUCUUACAACACACAGUGGCUGCUAAUCUGUAAACUGUUAAUGUGUCACUAACAUCUGCUAUUAAAAUGUUUGCAUGAGGAAAUAAAUGAA